AUUAAAUAGUGCAAUUAUGGAUAUGAUUUUUGGGUCAAUGUCGGCCCCAGACUUCUUUUCCCACAAGUCUAUGCGUGAAAUUCAAAUGGACCUGGGUGAAGUUUCCGAGGAUUCAGAGGGUGAUGAUGACUACGACUUUCAAAGCGAAGACGAAGAUAGUUUCUCCUCUAAACAUGCGACUAAAACGCCCUUUUCAUCAAGAUUCAAAAACCAGUUCAUUCCUAAUGCGGAAUCUUUCCGGGACCCUCUGAAGGGACGCCAGUCGAGUGCUUCCAUAAAAUUGCCAGAUGCGAUCUCAGCUCAGACGAACAGUAAAUUGGAAGCCAGUGGCGUCCUCACGCUACUGCAGACAUUCGACGUACAUGAUAUCUACGAGCGACUUCACAGACCAAAGAGAUCGGAGACUUCUCUGUCAAUUAUGAGUUGUGAUUUCUCUCCGAACAAGGAGUACCUGGCACUGGGACUGUCUACAGGAGAGAUAGAGGUGUUCCAAUACGAUGAGCGCAGUGGCAGUGUGCGUAUCUGUUACACACUGAUAGACAAGGACGUGAACAAGGCGGCAGUCAACUGCACAACUGUCAGAUGGAUGCUAGAUGGCAGACGAAUAAUCGCCGCAUACACGAAUGGCUUCGUGAAGUUGUGGCAUGUGACUUCCAAGUCGGCUCUGGUGACAAGGAACGAGAACAACACUUCGGACACACUCCAGGGUGCGAAUGAGAACGACCUGGUCAACGAAGUCUUCCGAAGUGGCAUGCCGACAACCACGAUUAACUCUGGCAGAAGGGCGUCGAAUCGGCAGGUUCACUGUGUUUCAUACUCCAGGGUCCCAGUUACGGUGGAUCUGAAAAAAUGGCUAGCUUCUAUGGACAGUGGUGCGUCAGUUGGACAGUCAGAUGAUGUUGAUUACAACAAACAAGUCACAUUAAUAGCUACUGGAGGCUCAGAUGGACUGGCGCUUGUGUGGCUGCUGUAUGAGCCUAAAGGUAUACUGCAGAACCACUCGUCCAAAGUUGAAAAGAAAUUUGUUGGUCGCCAGAUGUUCUUCAAUUGUGCGUGCAUACACAGGGGAACGAAGAACAUGAUGGAUGGGCACACUAUGAAUAUCUUCGCCCUGCAGUUCAGCAAGAGUGACCCCACCCACUUUUUUUCUGCCGGCUGGGACAGUGUCCUGUUCAAAUGGAAUGCCGUCACAGGAGAACGACUACUAGUGAUCAAGGGACCCUUGGUUUGUGGCAAUGAGGCCCUGUGUAUGGACAUGGAGACAGACAAGCCACUGUUAAUAUGUGGAGAUCACUCUUCGGGUUAUAUAGAUGUGGUGAACUUCGGUGACCCUGACACCCUUUCUGUGGAGACUAGACUUCUGAUGCCGAGAGACAGAUUUGUUCAGCCAUACGCAUGCUGUCUGUUCGGAAUAGACAAGAUACUAGUGGGAGGGAGCAACCCGAACUGUCUUCGAAUCAUAGACAGAAACAUCAACCCUAAUAGCCAACAGGGUGGUGAGGCUGCCUUGGUGGAUUUGGAUAGCAGACAGUCCCUGCGGCCCAGUUUCAGCCAGGAGAGAGCCAACAACCCCCACUCUCUGGCAGACACAGAGGGGCACAAGAGAUUCAGUAUCAGUCUGACUCCAACUGUCACACAACAAGGUAUGGCUUCUGUGUUUGGAAGUGUGGAAGACUUGGGUCAAGCGGUCACCUGCAUUGCUCUAGGCCCAGAAGACAAGUUGAAGAAGCAGAUCAUAGCUGCUUGCAGUGGAUCAACUAUCAUGUUCCUCAACAGCACAGUCAAGCGAUGACAGAAAAGGACAGCAUAUAGUUUGGUUGAUUUUAAAAUCGGUUUUACUUCGUGUUUGCGAGAAGCAAAUAGGAAAUCUACACAUUUCAAGACUAGUAUUCUUGCAGUUAUUGUAAAUAUCUAGUAAAUAAUUGUAAAUUAAAUCCCGAUUGUUUGUGUACAAUUUUAAUGUGAAUUUUAAUCUGUAUAUUUAUAAAUUUAGUAUUGGUCAUUAA